UAAUUUUAGAAGAAUAAAGGUUGAAAAUGUUGCAAGAGAAUUUAGCUAAGAACCGAUGAACAACCAGAUGUUACAUGCACACAUCUCUAAAAAUCCAAAUAUCAGUACUUUUGCACAACAUAUCAUUCUUCAUCCUUCGUGUUUCAUUCUUAAUUGGUCCAGUUCUUCCCCCCCAUUCCUGCAUUAUUAGUAGCAGCAGCUUGCUUUUAGCAGCAGGGCACUGUGCUGGCCAUAAAGAAAUGCAUGGCACAGUUUAAUCUCUGGCAGAUGAGGGCUGUAAGGUCCCAGGAAAUGUUUUCUCCCUCAUUUUUCUUUUACUUAAAUGUAAAUGCUGGGGUUGAUUGGUGGUGGCAGUUUUUUUAAACAGAGUUUUUUGCUGCCAAUAAUUAGCAAGUCUUGGUAUUCAGUCACCGUGCUCUACAAUUAACAGGAGCUGUGUAAUUACCUCAUGUCACCACUGCAUUGUGAAUGUAGGAGGAAAUGUCCCCCAUCCUUUGGCAGGGAAAGCAAAUGUAGCAGCUACUUUGCAUGAUAGUGGCUGCUUCUGUGAAGGAAAGUUGAUCUUUUUUUCUUUUUACUUUGUUCUUCCCAAAGGUAAAAAGGUCAUGGUCUUAGACAAAUGGAACAGCAAAGUACUGUGAUGGAGCCUGCCUAUCCUAUGUUGAUUUUAGUAUUUAAAUUCAUACCAGAGAAUGGUUUGGGGGGGUCGGUAUAUUGGGUCCUGUAUCUGUGCGUAGCCUGGGGGAAAGUGCAUCAGCUAUUAUUAGCAGCUGCUGAAGCACUGAUGCACCCUGUGGCAAUGAUGUACUGUGAUGUGCUGGGCUCUGGGCUGUGGCCGAGCAGCGAUUGCUGCCGCUCCUCCAUGGGAGUAGGAAAUUCUGGGAAGAUACAUGAAUGGUGACAGCAAGCUUGUGACAAGGCUCUGGGUAUAUUUAAUACUGUAGAAUAACUUGUUGACAGUACUGCUUCCCAAAAUGACCAAAGCUGUUAGCAUUGACAGCGUGGUUUCUCUCCAGUGAAAGAUACCUCUGAUCACAAACCAGAAAUAGCUUUUGUUUACAUUCGUGUUACAUCUGCAAUUUCUCAUGUGCGUUUUUUGCUUUUGCUGUUCUUGACUCUUCUACCCUUCUUUCUACACGCUAUUCAGAGUCCAUUAGUUAUCUGAAGUAAUAGAUACCUUUUAGCAAAGCACCAUUUAUUCUCACCUGGGCUGUGGUCCAGCAUUCCCAGAGCAAUAGAUCACUGGCCAUGAGAUGAGGCUCCAGAUGUCUGAAUGUGACUCCUGUUCAGCCUCAUGCCUUUAGGACAAGUGUGGGUGGUUGAACAAAGUGAGUGGCAUCUGGAUUUCCUCAUGCACAGCACAGAGGUACGGAUUGUUCCUGCCUGGAAUGGCCACAUGUCUGUUUCUGAGUGUCAAAAGUUGUCAAGAUUUGAAAAGAGACUGACAAAAAAGAUCUUAAAGAGGGAAGUUGCAUAGAAUUUACGACAACUCAAGUAAAAAUAGUCCUCAAUUCACCAGAUUCUUAAACUUUUGAAUGUUCACUUUCUUCAGUCUGAAGAAGUGGGGGAAAAAAAAAUGCAAUCUUUGUAGCUUUCCCAGGGAAAACCCUGAUAAAUGGUAAAGGUUUUGUUUGGUUUUUCUUGUCUGUGGUUUUAGGUUAGGGGUUGUUUUUGUAAUUUUGUUCUUAAGGCAGUAUCCCAUGCUAACUUUAAAUCUGCUGUGGUUUGUAGCUGUGUUGAACUGGAGGCCUUCACAGUAUGGAAUGCAUAAUUCUGCGUGACCUUAGCAUGGUUUCCCAUAUUGCUGAAAUUCUUCUGAGAUUCAGCUUGAGCCUUCAAAAAGGUUAUGUAUAAAUAGUUCAGUUAGUGCAGAGCAUGCAGCGUUUCCUACUCAGAGAGGAGGAUUUUAUACAGGCAUUAAAAUAACUGAACUUUAUGUCACUCUUUACUAACAGUUGGGUAGAUCAGCUCUGCUCUGCUGUGACAGCUCUGGACUGGGGACUCCAUUAAUCCACAUGGGGCCACUGUGAAAUAAGCUGGCCACCAUGAACGGCAGCUGGAGGGGAUUGCUGUAGUGAAAAGCAGCUGAGCUGAAGUGCCCGAGGCCUUCAACAACAGCAUCUUUUUAGCUUGUCAUCCUGCAGGGGUUGGGCUCCUGGCACUGGCAUUAGGAAUUCUCAUUGUUUUGCAUACUAAGCAAAUUCUGUGGAGGGGGAGACAGUGAAAUUUCUUAGUGACGUGGAAAUUGUAGCCAUGAUGACGUAAGGACAGCAGUGCACAAGAAGGGCUCUGUGACUGUAAGCUUGUCUGUUUCUCCUAAUUAUUCGUGCUCAUAAACGUUGCUGCUGUACUGAGAAACUGUGUCUCACCAAAGAGCGUGGAGAUUCCAGCACAAAACAAGCUGUGAUUUCAUGCAUAUUUCAAUAUAUUUGGAUUUUUUUUCGGCUUGAUCUUUAAUUCUGAGUCUACAGUGCAUCUUCUUAUUUCUUCCAAGUCAUUGGUGUUUAUUUAACUCUUUCAGAAUAUAACAUUCUGUCUAGGUGAUGAUUUUUCCUCUUAAGUACAACGAAUGAUGAAGUCUUUUCUUUGCUGUGGCUGUUUGUGUGUAUGAUUUGUUGUAACACUGCUAUUAAUUGUUUAUUAUCACUCUUCAGGGCAAACAAACUGGUCUCAAAUACAGAAGUAGGUAACAGCAUUGCCAUUUUUUGUCCUUCUGGGAAUAGCCAGUAGUUUGCAGUGCUCCCACCCCUAAGGAGAUGGCAUCAGCUUUAAGAACAUUUCAGUCUCCUCUUUUAUCAGCCUCAACAGCCUGCUGCUUGAGUGCUUUAUUAGCCUGCCUGCCAGGAAUUGAAUUGGGUCUAAAUUCAUCUGUGUGAGCGUGCACAGUUAACAAUGACAUAAUAAUCCUUCCCUAGAUGUUAUACAGUAGGAUGGAAUGAUUUGUCAGUGUCAUGCAGGCAAUGCUGGAAAUGUAAAGAGUGCCUUAUUCUGAAUGAGUCAAGCAUGAUUAAAAUGAAAGCAAUAGAGAUGGGAAGAAAGGCAGGGGGCUUAUUUUUAUGGCCAGGAGCCUCUCAUGAGCAGGCAUGCUUAGUUUGUUUAGACAGUGUUUAUAGGUCAUGCUGGCUUUCUUUACAGAAACACAGGCCCUACUGUAUUCCAUCAUCUCCACUAACACACCUAAAAUAAAUCAUUCAUCAUCAAAAGCCUGUAGAAAUUGGGAUUUAACCAUAGAUUCAAAUGAGUUGACAGUGAAGGCACAUCAGGCGUUUGUUAAAUAUAGGCAAGGUUUUCUUUCUGGAUAUUAGUUAUAUGCCUUUUUGAUGCUACCAAGUUGCAGGUGAAAGCUGUUAAUCCAUGCUAAGUGUGUGCCAUCUUCCCUUCCUGGACACAAACAAUUGGCCAUAGGAUGCAUGUUACGAAUUCCUAAGGAAAGACAGCCACCUGUGGUGUUCUCCUUGGCUCCUUUGUUCUGCAGUCAUCAUUUCAGCUCUUGCUUCUCAGAAAAUUCUCAGGCUCUUCAUUCCUGCUAUUUCAUUACGGGGAAAUAGAGAUAAAAAAAACCUGCUAUGCAAAUUUAGAUAGAUGGACAUUUAGCAUUAUCUGAUGGUAUCCAGUUUACAGCAACACGUUGGAGGAAGUCUGGGUCCAAUGUAGGUGCAGGAAGGGAUGUAGAAAUUAGGUAGCUAACACAGAUAGUGAUUUCUUCAGUGUCAGAAUACUAUAUAUGAAAAAAUAUUUUUUAUCUCUUUUUUUAAUAAAGAUGCACAUAAGAUAACCUCAGAAGUGAAUUGAUUUUUACUUCGGUGAUUAACAUUACAAUAACUAGAACUUGAUAUAUUUCCAUUAAAAUGAUGACUAGAUUCUCACUGACUUCAGCAUUAAAAAAGUCUGACCACAAAUCCUCCAGUGCUUAGUUUUACUGUUUUGGAAAUGUGUUUUAUGUUAGAAAGUGUUUGCUUUGGUUAAUAGUAUUUACAGAGACAGAGGAAUGGGGAAGGUGGUUAAUAAUUGGCAGAAGAUGAUAGUUUCCGUAAUGGAACAGAAGAUUCUUUUAUUAAUCAGUGGGAAGAACAGUAAAAGGAUUAGAGAUACAGGGAAGAUAGGAAGCUCUUGUAAUUGCGUGUAACUGUAGCAAAUGAACAGAGCUGGUCUGGUGAGCAGGGAGUCUGGUCUGUGCAGUCUGAGAGCAUCCAGUUUGCACCUGCUCACCUUGCCAGCUCCCAGAAUUAAGCUGUAAAAGGGAGCAACUGCAGCAGUGUGAAUGGAUGCCCCUGUACAGUGAGCAAAGUAAAGCAGCAGUACUGGUGCAAGCAAAAGAUAAAUAAAAUCCUAUCUCCAUUCAGAUCUGAUUGAUGUCUAUAAAUCAGUAUAAAUCGCUUGCAGCAGAUGUGGUGACAGACAGAAACUACCAGCAUUCUACUCACUUCGCUCUACUGAUGAGCACCUUGGAGUUUAAUUUGUGGGGAAGGCUUUUCCAAAUGUGGAUGCAUUUCUCAAAGUGAUUCUUAUUGAUGACAGUUGGUAAUGAUAAGUGAGUAUGUUGUCACUGCUUAAGCUAUUUUAUUCUCUCUGCAACAUUUCUUAGUGAAAGAGGUGAUAGAAACUAAAAGCAAAUAUCCAAUAUCUAUAUUCAUUGCUACCUUUGUGGAAUCUUCUGUAACAUGACAGGUGUAGGUGGCUUCACAGCUUUGGUAAAUUUUUUAGGGUUUUGUAUUUAAUACUCUUGGAAAUCAAAUUUCUUCCAAGGUACUCUUUCCAGUUUAACUGGAAAUAUUCCAGUAUUCCACGAGCCUAUGGCAUAGGAACAGAAGUGAAAUCCCCUCUGUAAGGACUCCUGCUGCUCAGCUCUCCACAUUACUGCAGGGUAUGCACAGCCAUGCUCCUCACAGGGCACUGUCUCCUGGGAAUGUCUUGACUUAAGCAGAAGAAACAAUUUCACUGGCUGUCUGAAAUAUCCCCGGGGACACUGACUAUGUCUCUGCUUUACAUUUGCGUUCCAGAAUGAGCAGUGUUUCUUCCAAAGGACACGUGGGUCAUUUGUAGAUGCUGAAGCUAUUGUGGUGUUUCUCUUCCUCCUCUUUCUUCAUGGAUGUUGGGACUGGGAUAGGCAGGGACUGCUAUUUCAAAGCCGAUUUGUAUUAGGCCUUAAAAAAAAUAAUAAGUGGGAACAGGAAAAAAAGCCACGAGAUGUAUGAAAAUCCCAACUGUUGAGCCAGAGCUGGUAUAAAUCGGUGUAGCUGCAUGGCACAUGUUAAGAUUGGGAACGCUGUGCAGAUCUACUCCAGCCAACAAUGUAGCACCAUUCUCAUCUGUGAAAGAAAAGCUAGAUGGAAUUAAAACCCACAGACUAGACCUUUGCUGUGUGCUUAGUGCUAUUCCAGUGAAGCACAACGUGAUACAUUGUAAUUAUUUAUGGCAUCUUCAAGGAAAAGGAAGAAAAAAAAAACCUAAAACCAGUAAAUAGCUGAAAUCCAGGCAAAGCAGCUGAUUUGCAGGGUUUCAAUCACUUUUAGAAAACAAUUUUCUAUUUUAUUGGUCAUGGAAAAUUAAUUGUAUGUUUGAUGAUUUGUAUCAUGCUGUUGCUGUCUUCUCCUCAUUUUUUGGCUCCGUUUUCAUUGAUUUCUGCAAGUGUCAUUUCUGAAGGGAACAGAAUGAGCUGGGGGCCUCCUGCCCACAUAUCCAACUCUGUCAUCAUCAUUUUUAAAUGCCUGUUCAGUAAUCUGCUCGAAGCCUUUAAACUUGCCUGCUUACUGUUGUUUGUUCUCUCCUCAGUCACAGAUGCAAGGGUGUUUUGCCUGCACACACACGCAUACGCGUACAAAUAUGUGUAUAUGAAUGUACACAAAUGAAUAUAUAAGAAGUACUUCAGGAUUGGUUAAGGUGAGUAUGUUUUUGAACACGUUAACCCCCAAGUUCUAUGUUGCCCUGACGGGCACUUCCUCAUUAAUCUCGGGACUUAUUUUGAUCUUCGAGUGGUGGUACUUCCGCAAGUACGGGACGUCCUUCAUCGAGCAGGUCUCGGUGAGCCACUUGCGCCCUCUGCUGGGCGGGGUGGACAACAGCGCGCCCAGCGCGGCCAACGCCGCCAACGGCGAGGCGGACUCCAGCAGGCAGAGCGUGUCAGAAUGCAAAGUCUGGCGAAAUCCCUUAAAUCUGUUCAGAGGAGCUGAAUAUAAUCGGUAUACGUGGGUAACAGGAAGAGAACCUUUGACUUACUACGAUAUGAAUCUUUCAGCACAGGACCAUCAGACAUUCUUUACAUGUGACACCGAUCAUUUACGGCCUGCUGAUGCUAUAAUGCAAAAAGCCUGGAGAGAGAGAAACCCCCAAGCCCGAAUUUCUGCAGCACAUGAAGCUUUGGAAUUGAAUGAAUGUGCCACUGCCUAUAUUCUUUUGGCUGAAGAGGAAGCAACAACUAUUGUGGAAGCAGAGAAGCUGUUCAAGCAAGCUCUGAAGGCUGGAGAGGGCUGUUACAGGCGCAGUCAGCAAUUGCAGCAUCACGGUGCCCAGUACGAAGCCCAACACAGAAGGGACACUAAUGUGUUAGUUUAUAUUAAGAGGAGGCUGGCAAUGUGUGCAAGAAAGCUGGGAAGGACCAGAGAAGCAGUGAAAAUGAUGAGAGAUUUGAUGAAGGAAUUUCCUCUUCUCAGCAUGUUCAAUAUCCAUGAAAACCUGCUAGAAGCUUUGUUAGAACUGCAAGCAUAUGCGGAUGUCCAGGCAGUCUUAGCGAAGUAUGAUGAUAUAAGCUUACCAAAAUCAGCAACAAUAUGUUACACAGCUGCAUUGCUCAAAGCCAGAGCUGUCUCUGACAAAUUUUCUCCAGAGGCUGCCUCAAGGCGAGGGCUGAGUACUGCAGAGAUGAAUGCAGUAGAAGCUAUUCACAGAGCAGUAGAAUUUAAUCCACAUGUGCCAAAAUACCUCCUAGAAAUGAAAAGCUUAAUUCUGCCCCCCGAACAUAUUCUGAAGAGAGGGGACAGUGAAGCAAUAGCAUAUGCUUUCUUUCAUCUUCAACACUGGAAAAGGGUAGAGGGAGCAUUGAAUCUCUUACACUGUACAUGGGAAGGCACUUUCAGAAUGAUCCCCUAUCCACUGGAAAAAGGACAUCUUUUCUACCCUUACCCUAUUUGUACAGAAACUGCAGAUAGAGAACUACUACCGUCAUUUCAUGAAGUUUCAGUUUACCCCAAGAAAGAGCUUCCCUUCUUCAUCCUCUUCACUGCUGGCCUAUGUUCUUUCACAGCCAUGCUGGCUCUCCUGACACAUCAGUUCCCAGAGCUUAUGGGGGUCUUCGCAAAAGCAUUUCUCAGCACCCUCUUUGCCCCUUUGAAUUUUGUGAUGGAGAAAGUAGAAAGCAUCCUGCCCUCCAGCCUGUGGCACCAGCUGACGAGGAUCUGAGGGAGCAGCCGCUGACUGACUGCCACGACAUCUGCUGUGCCAACAUUUGGUUGACCACAAGAAAGCAUGAUAAAAAAGGGAAGCAGUUCUAAGACUGAAAAAAUCUUCAUGGAUUGUCUGUUCUCAUAUAAAAACUGUUUCGUUGUACAAAAUUCAUUGAUGUUAGGUUCUAUUAUAUUUUGCCUUCAGAAAAGACAAAAAUAAACUUUUGUGUAUUGCA